CAUUUAGACUUCAUCCUCGCAAACUUUCACCCCACGGCCUUUGGAACCUUGACUUGGUUCAACCACAAAUUAUUAUACAAAUUUUCAAUCCAUUUGCCUUACAUCGUAUGAUGAGCGAUUUCUACCAUCAGUAAGUAUUGUCAAUGCCGGCAUUCCCAAUCGAGAACAUCGAAAAAGUCGAAUUGCCAACGAAAGCUGCCCGAACCGAAGAAAAAGGAAAAGACCAAAACGGCAAGGAAAGCAACACUGAAAAAUAUAUAAGCGGCCGUGUGGUGACCAGAAGAGCAAGAAAAAACAACUACACCGCAGAAGCUUUUUUCUUCUUCACACAGCACAACUUUCCCUAUCAUACAACCGAUCACCAAAGCUUCACGGACCACCAAUCGAUGGACAAGCCACGAGGAACAUUACAACGCGACUCAGAUCUAUGAGGAUGACGAACAAUCACAACGUGUGGGCGGCUCUUGUGGAGACCGGGCAGGGCUGAGGAAGAAGUUACGCAGGAAGGAAAUUUUAAAGAGUGAUUUGUCAUUAUGAAGUAUGCGAAUGUCGAAGU